AUGGACGAGACGACGCUGGAGCCGCUCGUCGCGAGCGAGCUGGAUCCGUUGGAGCUGGCACAUCAAUUGAAGGAAAGGGCGGAAAUCAUCGGUGAAGCGCAGCAGACUCAGCUGUCCCGAUUAGACUCGCUGUCGCAGCUCAAGCAAAGACUGGCCGAGGUGCGAAUGCGCCAUGGGGAGAUGCAGGCCGAGCUGCAGCGAGCCACCGCCUUGAGUCCGCCCCACGCCCCGCCGCCUCUCAGAGAGGAGAAGCAGGCGUCGCCGUCCGAGAUCAAGAUCAAGGUGCUCUCUGAGUUUAUUGCACCUGCCGGCUGUAAGUCGAUGGGUCUGUUGACAUGA